GUCUGAUGAGGCUCUCUUGUAGAUGAAAAAUACAUGAUGCACGAGCAGACAUUUCUUGAUGCAUCCUUGCCAGCCUCGGCAUGACCAAUCACAUUCGCCAAGAAUAGUGUGGCAUCGCUUCAUUCAGCCUUGGGACUUUUUGUUUGUUCCCUCUGAACAAUUUUGUUUCACUUGCAUUACGAAUCGUCUUCCUUCGCUGACCGUUCCUUUCCUGCAUGAGUCUGAAGAGAUUCCGCCAAUUAAAAUACAUCGGCCGAUGUAGUGGCGAUCGGUCUUCAUCAUGAAUGUCACCAACGUGACCACGGGGCCUGGUCCAGCAAUGGAGUUCCUCGGACGCGUCGCAUACGAAGCGGAGCUCAUGCAACCCUUGAUUCCGACAUACUUGCAUCUCCUGGUAUCAGCCAUCUUCCCCAUCUGGACAGCGGCACAUUCCUCACUGUCGAGACCACCGUCGGCGGCUCCACGAAAGCGCAAACGCAAGUCAAAGCAAAAACGUGGUUCUGAUGAUGAUGACGACGAAGAAAGUGAUGGUGAGGACGACGAAUCUCAGAAGAUCGAGAGUCUCACGCCCUCGGACGCCAUUGUCUUUCCUCUCCUUGCUGGCGCGACGUUGGCGAGUCUGUAUUUCAUUCUCAAGUGGUUGCAGGAUCCGGCGUGGUUGAAUUGGGUUCUGGGCAUUUACUUUUCGGUGAUUGGACUGUUUUUCGCCCUGGGAUUUCUGAAGGACGCGUUCAGCGUGGUGCGAUCGUUCGCGUUGCCCAGGCAUUACUCGGCGGGUGGGAAGUUGUGGGAGGUCAACUCACGACAUUCGGGUUAUAGGUCUGCAGGCGGCGAUGCCUUCAAGAAGUCUCCGUUGCCAGGAUUGCUGAGGAUGGUACCGCUCCCUGCAGGACUAUCAAAGCGCAUGUGGGACUUGCGACGGCUGCUUUACGCGAAGGCGCGGCUCAACCUGCAUGUUCGAGGGCUCGUCACGGUCAAGACAUCCGUCGACGUCCUUGACGUGGCGAGUCUUGUUUUGUCCUGCGUGAUCGUGUAUUACCACGGCUUCGUCGCCAAACCGUGGUUCCUGACGAAUUUCCUGGGCUUUGCAUUUUGUUACGGCUCCUUGCAGUACAUGACGCCUACGACGGCGUGGACUGGGACACUCGUGCUCAGCGCGCUGUUCUUCUACGACAUUUACUUUGUGUUCUUCACGCCGAUGAUGGUCACGGUUGCGACAAAGUUGGAUGUUCCGAUCAAACUACUUUUCCCUCGGCCGGACGGUUGUGUCUUGCCUGUUGGUGCGGCUGAGGGGUCGGCUGCUAUAGAAGAAUACUUGCAGUGUCUGGCGAAGAAGAGGACUAUGGCAAUGCUGGGCUUAGGCGAUAUCGUGGUACCGGGAAUGGUGCUGGCUUUUGCGCUACGGUUCGACCUGUAUUUGCAUUAUCUGAGAAAGACGACGACUGAAGGUGACGAGCAGAAGAAGCCGGUGUAUAGCAGUGCAAAGGGAAGUUGGGGUGAGCGAUUCUGGACGAAUUACAAGCUGUUGCCGAGCGAUGUCAGAGCGAAGACGUUUCCCAAGCCGUACUUUUACGCGACUAUCUUUGGGUAUCUGGCUGGCAUGAUCACCACGGUGAUCGUCAUGCAGGUUGCGGCGCAUGCUCAGCCGGCGUUGCUGUACCUGGUGCCGGGAGUCUUGCUGUCACUCUGGGGUACUGCAUUGCUGAGAGGAGAUUUGAAAGCUCUUUGGGAGUACAAUGAGAUGCCGGAGGAGGAUCAAAAGAAGAAGGACGAGAACGCCACGAAGUCAAAAAUCGAUGAGAGCGAAGGGGCUGCGAGCAAUGCCACGCUACUGACGGGAGAGACGGAGCAACAGGUUGAGGGAGAAAAGAAGGAGGCUGAACCCGAAAAGACGGUCGAGGGUGGAUCUGCAAGUAAGAAGACAGCUGAAAAGGGCCGGCGACGUCUUGUUUAUCUCUCCAUCACAUUGCCUGAACCACCUUCCGAAGAUGCUACGGGUGGCAAUAAGCCCAGUUCGACUUCGACAAGCUCUCCUGAACAGGCAGAUGACAGCUCUCCCAAAGAUGUCAAUGUGCAGCAGGAUGACAGUGGCUCUUUGCUCGAUGAGGCAGCACGCAGAGCUGAUGGCGAGCCUCUGGAAAAGAGGGCGAGACGGGUGUGACUGGAUGAACGAGUCUUCAUCUCGUUCGAUGCAUGCAUAGCGGACGGGCGAAAAGAAAACGGGUAUUCCAGGCAUCAUGCACAACCGUGACAGGCAGACACGUGCUCAUUGUUCAAUAAUGAUAUACAUGCAUUCCCUCUGGCGAUUUUGUCUUUGCCCCGGUACUGAAUUCAAUGCAAUCGUACGAUGUUCAUGGGUGUAGCUCCUCUUCUCGUGCGAGUCUCUCGAUCACUCUCUUGUUCAUUUGUUCAUUUCUGCUGCCUUGGCUUUCAAUUCGUCCUUGGAUGCGGCUUCUGGCAUGUCUAUGGUAGGCGUGGGUCAG